GAUGCUAUCUAUUCGUAUUUCUGAGCUCUAAACCUAUCGGGGAAGUUCUACCGUACGCAGUCGUCUUCGACGUCCUCAUAUCUAAACAGCGAAGAAGAAGAAGACCCUCUUCAGCAUGACGAAGAAGCAGAGAAUCCCCAAACGAGGACCGGGAGUGGCUGAGCUGGAGAAGAUAUUGCGCGAACAAGAAGAACAGAAAGAUGGUCAUUUGGGGGAAGGAAAUGGGAUUAACGGAGGAAUCUCUUCUUCUUCUUCAUCACUCCCAGUGACUGCAAUUCAUGGUGAUGGCAGUGGCAGUUCACAGUUAAACGUGGGCGCUGCCAAUGGUCCUAGCAAAGUGGUAUAUAUCGGCGGAUCAGGCGUCUUCUUGCCUGAACAAGCCUUGUUGCCGAUAUCAUGGGGCUCGUCAUCGGAGUUGACAAGGAAACGCGAGGAAGCUCCAAAAAUGGCUGCUGGUUUCACUUUUCCUGUGCUUGCUUCGAACCGAUCUCCUCCUCCUCCCAUGUUGCAGAAUCAUCAUCAUCCAUUUAUGGUUCUUUUCCCGCAGUCUGCAACAACAAAAACCCAAUCAUCUUCUCCAGGGGAGUAUCGUCAUGUAGAGCCCCCUUCAAACCAAAAACCUAGUCCUCGCAACUUCAUAUCUUCACUAUUUGGCGAGGAAUACAUGAUGACGGGCACCAAGCGGCCAAGGCCUAGUUUCCCCGUCGAGAACUGGAGGCCGAGGCCUACUCCAAUGCCCUUUCAACCGGUCCGCCCUCAGGUUCCCAGGCUCGAUCUUUCAUCUUCGUCUAGCAACAAUGAUUUCUUCAACUUUGGAACAUCCCGAGACAAAAACCCAUUGUCAACAAUCCCUUUGGAGUUGAAAGUGAAAACAUUUGACCAUGGCAACUCUAGUGGCAAUUCUAGUCGCUCAACGACUACUGAAAAUUCUCAACCUGACUUGUCCAAAUUCAUCAAGAAACUCCCUUUCCAAGAGAACACUGAGGGGUCUUUACCGCAAAAGACGUCGUCUUCAUCAGGAUCAGAGGUUUCAGUUCACAACAAGGGAUCUUUUAGCUUCUUAUUACAGCAGGAAGAGGUGCAAAGGGGCACUACUUCAACUGAGAAAAGUUGUACUGAAGAAACGGGAGAUUUCAUUGACCUUAACCUAAAGCUCUAGACUGCUGCAUGUAAUGUAAUGCCCUCUUUAAUUAGGGCAAUGUAGUCCUCGGAAGAACUUAGUCUUAUUUAUAUUAUGCUAUCUACCUCAGUUUCUAGCACUA